AUGGAUGCCGAUGUUGUUACGAUCGAUGUCGAUGAUGAUGACGACGAAGAUGCUGGCAUAUUCAGCAUCGCCAUUGACCGCCACAGUGAGGACGAUGACGCCCUCACUGGUGAAGACAACGUUCUUUCAGCAGUGCGCUCCGUGUGCACUGCUGUUGACAAGGAUGAAUCAGCAGAGGAAUUUCUGCUGACUCGUGAAGGGGUUGUCCGCUUCGUUGAAGACUCUUUUGCAGAUGCACUAGACAGACAGAAAAGAAACGCAUAUAAACAUGGAAGAUAA